CUGUGCGAGGGUAUUGACACCUUCUUGGAAGAGAUAUCUAGAAACAACAAGGCAUUUAGAUAUGCUGACAGCUACUUCUUCACAAAAGAUGUCGAGGCCAACUACUCCAAGUUCAAGCAUGUCCGGCCUUUUUAUAGAUUGGUCCCGACCUAUGCCAUGAUUGUUAGGGCCAAGGCAUUGAUUGCCAUGACCUGUGAGGAGAAGAACAUCAAGGUUCUCGUUACUUCAAAGAACCUUAGGAAGGUCGGGUUGUUUCCUUCUACUGUUGCCGAUGUUCCGGAUGUCGAUGGUACCGAGCCCGUGAAAGCCAUAGACUCCCCAGAGCCUAUUCAUAUCGAGGAGGUACCUUCUUCACUCGUGUUAGCUGGACAGGAGGGUGAUGUGGUGGGUGCAUCCGUGCACUCACUGCUUGCUUCAGAUGACUUUGAUGAAGCCACGUUCGAACUCGAAUCUCCUUCAGAAGGUUCAGAUAUGUUCGGCUUUGUUCACAUCCAACAAAGGUCGACUCCAACCGAGACUAGUUCUUUCGUUCGAGCGACCAAGAGGGCCAGGGUUGAGCUUGAGCCACUAACGGAGGUCCCUCCCGAGACUUCUUUGGCUCCACUGGCGCCUAGUCUUGUUGUAGAGGUAGAGCCAUCCUUGCCCAUGUCGAUUCCUCCUAGUAUCACAGAUGCGGGUACCUCAUCCUCUGCGCUGGCUCCCUUAUCUGAGCCAUAUUAGUCUGCCAUGCAGAAUUUAGGUGCCAUCAUGGACCAAGUGUCCCAUCUGGAGCAGAUGACAACGACCUUUAAUAGGAUCAAGAAUGAGGACUUGAGCACCAUCCUCACGAAGUCACUCCUUGACAUUUAGAGUGCGCUGAUGCUAGUCUCCUAUGUCCGUGAUAGGUCUAUGGAGUAUACCUCUACGUUUUCCAACCUUCGUUUUGAGCUUGAAGCUGUCCUCCAGGAGGUACUGGACCUUAGACGCGUUCUUGGCUCUAGGGAUGCAGACAUUGAUUUGAAAGAUGAAGAGAUCAGCACUCUCCGCAGUACCGUGGAGCUCAAACAACAGGAAGUGAUCGAGUUGACUUUUAGGGUAACCCAGGUGGAGGGGAAACUUGCCGAUCAGCUUAAACAGUCUGAAGCUGAGAAAGAGAAGCUGAUUGCUAACAUGGACCAACUGCGAAACGAUGCUCUUGUCGAGAAGGAGCAAGAGGUCAAGGCUGCCCAGACAAGGCACGAGAUGAGUAUUCAGAGACUGCCUUCUCCUGCUUCUACUUCAUUUGGAAGUCCAACAAAAAUCCGAACUUGGAUUUCCUCCCCGAAAAUACGCGAGCGAAGGAGCUUAAGAAGUGCCUGGCUCGUGAGGCUGCUGAGGCUCAGGGUGGUCUUUCAAAUGAUACUCCUCAUCCUAUUUAGUCUUCUUUUUGGUCUUUUAUUCUGUCUUUCCUUUUGUGCCAUUGGUAGGGUACCUUGUACUUGACAAUUUUUACAUAUGACAUCUUAUGCCUUUAUGCUUUUUUGUUAUGAGUACUCAGUGUAUUGAUUGAAUUUUUUUUUUAAUUUCCAAUGCUUACUAAGUAUAUCAACUUACAACCCUCAUUGGUUCAGGUAUCAG